UCAAUGAAAAACGACAUAGUUUAGUCUGAAAGCCUCCCUGUACAUGUCGAAGAAAAUCUCCAUCUAUAACUACAAGCAUCCCCUAUUUUCUUCAUUCAUCCGCUAAACACAAAAAUUUCCAAACUUUCAAAGUGCCAAUAAGAUAAAUAAGAUUCAAGUGGGUCACUGAGCUCAACAUAUAUCACAAACAUGUUCUACAGAGGCAGUAAAUUUAUUGAUGGUGGUGAUGGGCGUGAAAUGGGCGCAAAACGUCAACGGGUUGUUGAUCAGGGACCUUCAUUCUAUGGGACUUCCCCUGCUUCAAGUUUUAUGUAUAAUCCAGCUCCUUAUACGGCCUAUGUUAACCAACCUCCACCUUUCCCUGUUGUCCGAGUACGUGGUCUUCCAUUUGAUUGCACGGAAACUGAUGUGGCUGAGUUCUUCCAUGGUCUGGACAUAGUUGAUAUUCUUUUUGUCCAUAACAAUGGCAAGUUCUCUGGGGAAGCAUUUUGUGUUUUGGGGUAUCCUCUCCAAGUUGAUUUUGCCCUUCAAAGGAAUAGGCAGAACUUGGGCAGGAGAUACAUUGAGGUUUUCAGAAGUAAGAGGCAGGAGUACUAUAAAGCAAUAGCAAGGGAGGUUUCAGAUGCUCGUGGUGGUUCACCACACCGAAGGGCCCCAAGGGCUAAAUCUUAUGAUGAGGCAAAGGACUCAGCUGAACACACUGGGGUAUUGCGGUUGAGGGGAUUGCCAUUUUCUGCUGGCAAGGAUGACAUAAUGGAGUUCUUUAAAGAUUUUGUGCUGUCAGAAGACGCAAUUAAUAUCACAUUGAACUCGGAGGGGAGGCCUACAGGGGAAGCAUUUGUGGAGUUUGCAAGUGCAGAAGAUUCGAAAGCAGCAAUGGUUAAAGAUAGGAUGACGCUUGGGAGUCGAUAUAUAGAACUGUUUCCAUCCUCGAACGAAGAGUUGGAAGAAGCAGUCUCUAGAGGGCGGUGACUUCUUAUUGUGCCUUUUGCUACUUUGUACUUUUAUUAUCUCAAGGUUGUCUUACUUUCUAUGAAUUUUGCUUUACUAGUUUUCACUUUUUUAGGUCAAAACAUAACUUACCAUUGUUGUUUGAGAAAAGUAUUUUCAAAUUAUGUUUGGAAUUAAUUAUAAGAAGUUAUGCGUA